CAAGAAUCGCUGCUGUCUGAGCCCUGACUCCAUACGACCAAAAGCGAAAGUCUCCAGUCGGUCAUUCGCUCAGCAUCCGUGCACUUUAGACCUUCAACCUCUCCGAACUCAUGGCCGACGACGACCUUCUAGCACGCUUGAACGCGUUAAAAGCUCCAACAGAAGUUCCCAAGGUCGCUCAAACCUCAGUGCCACAUCCCUCCAUAAAAGCAACCACAGCGGAUGACGACAUAGCAUCGCGUUUCCGGCGUAUUGCCACAAGGUCAAGCGUUGACAGUUCUCCACUGCCGCAAGUGAGAGAUGUCACGGACCAGAACAAACUUGAAGAUGUAUUAGCGAGUCUACCUAGUGAACGCGUGCAUAACGUAGAGGAUGAGCAGUCGCUCGAUGAUUUGCUCAAGGAGCUAGGUGAACAGGAGGCAUCGUGGUUAAACACGUCUGAGGAGGAUCGCAUCACGGAUCUGCUAAAGGAGGCUAAAGCUGCGCUUCCCAGGCCAGAUGCUGCACAUGAUAAGAAAGCACACGAGGAGUACGAACCUGCACAUCUUGUGGAUGGUGCUUAUGUAGCAGAUGAGGGCGAUGAGCAAGCACGCAACCAAGACGAGCAAGACGAGAAGGAUGCGGACGAGUAUAUCGCACAGGUAAUGGCAGACAUAGAGCUGCAGAAAGCGCAAGGCACUUAUAAAGAGGAAUGUGACACAGACUCAGAGGACGGCCAGGCAAAGGAGCCCGAGAUUGGGCAACCAUCAGAGACGCAAACGCCUGCACGCUCAGCACGAGAGGCCACCCCUUUUGAUGAUCUUCCCUCUGCGCCUUCAACGGCUCCUGUUCUGGCUAGUGUCGAGGAUGAUGAGCUUGAGGCACGGUUCAAAUCGCUUUCUCUUCCAUCGACUCCGUCCAACAAGCCGACGGCGAAGAAACCAGCUUCAACUGUGAAGCCAAAGUCAAAUCUUCCCCAGUACACAGACGAAGACAUCGAGUCCUGGUGCGUUAUUUGCAACGAGGAUGCCACGGUACGAUGUCUGGGCUGUGAUGGGGACCUCUACUGCCAAGCGUGUUGGAAUGAAGGGCACAAAGCGCCUGAUGCGGGUUACGAGGAGAGAACUCACAAAGCCGUCGUGUAUAAUAGACGUCAGGGGCGGAAGAAGUCGUUGGCUGCUGCCUAAGACUACUCUGUCCUUUGCACAAAGUAAAGAUGUGUAGCUGUAUAGUUUGAUACAUGUUUGCAUUCACGUGGUGCGAAGCGCAACACAUGUCACCCGGCACGUCGCAGACAUGCUUGUCC